CAGCACCAGAGAUGAUGAACAAAACCUGAUGAUCAUGUUUUCCAGCAUGAGUUGAGAUGACUGGAAGUUUGAGCACUUCACUGCGACCGCACUGCAAUGGCACAGAACGGGACUAUAGAGAACGGGGUGACUCGAAACACGUCCCCUCCGUCUCUGCCUCAACCUGUGAAAAUCCCUGAGAUUAAACACACUAAGAUUUUUAUCAAUAAUGAAUGGCACACGUCAAUCAAAGGAAAGAAGUUCCCCACAAUCAACCCUGCAACAGGUGUCAAAAUCUGCGACGUCGAGGAGGCGGAUAAAGCUGAUGUGGAUGAGGCGGUUAAAGCUGCCAGAGCGGCCGGUCAGAGAGGCUCAGAGUGGCGGCGGAUGGACACGUCGAGCCGGGGGAGAUUACUGCACAGACUCGCGGAUCUGCUGGAGCGAGAGCGCGCUGUGCUCGCGACUCUAGAGUCAAUGGACACCGGCAAACCCUUCCUGCAUGCGUUCUUUGUCGAUCUGGACGGCAGCAUUAAAACCCUGAGAUAUUACGCUGGCUGGACAGACAAGAUUCAUGGGAAAACCAUGCCAGUCGAUGAAAACUUUGUGUGUUUUACCAAACAUGAGCCCAUCGGUGUGUGUGGAGCAAUUAUUCCGUGGAACUUCCCUCUGCUGAUGUUCACAUGGAAGAUCGCACCGGCUUUAGCCUGUGGGAACACGGUGGUCGUUAAGCCCGCUGAACAGACCCCGCUGACGGCUCUUCAUGUUGGAUCUCUCAUAAAGGAGGCUGGCUUUCCACCUGGAGUCGUGAAUAUCGUACCUGGCUUUGGACCUACGGCUGGAGCCGCAAUCGCCAGUCAUAUGAACAUUGACAAAGUGGCGUUCACAGGCUCUACAGAGGUGGGCCAGCUGAUCAAAGCGGCGGCGGCCAAGAGCAACCUGAAAAGAGUGACUCUGGAGCUGGGGGGAAAAAACCCCUGCAUUGUGUUUGCUGACUCAGACCUGCAGUCGGCGGUGGAGGAGACGCAGAAGGGCGCGUUCUUCAAUCAGGGUCAGGCGUGCACCGCUGCGUCACGCGUGUACGUGGAAGAGCAGGUUUAUGAUGAAUUUGUGCGUCUCAGUGUGGAAAGAGCCAAGAAUAUAGUGAUCGGAGAUCCUAUGGAGCCACAAACUUCACACGGGCCGCAGAUUGACCAGCAUCAGUUUGAUAAGAUCCUGGCGCUGGUGGACAGUGGGAAGAGGGACGGGGCGAAGCUGGAGUGCGGCGGAUGUGCGGUGAAGGACAGAGGUCUGUUCAUCCAUCCCACCAUCUUCUCUGAUGUCAAAGACCACAUGCGUAUCGCCAAAGAAGAGAUCUUCGGGCCGGUUCAGUGCAUCAUGAAGUUUAAGACGCAGGAGGAGGUGAUUGACAGGGCCAACAGCUCACAGUACGGCCUGACGGCAGCCGUGUUCACGCGUAACGUCGAUCGAGCCUUGAGCGUGUCUGCGGCCCUGGAAGCUGGAACUAUCUGGGUGAACUGCUACAACGCCUUACAUGCUCAAGCUCCAUUUGGAGGCUACAAAAUGUCAGGAAACGGCCGGGAGCUGGGUGAGUAUGCACUGGCGGAGUACACCGAGGUCAAAGCCAUCACGAUUAGACUCGGCGAGCAGCUGAAACUGUGAUCUGAGGCUCCAACAUCCUUCUGUGUUCAUAACAGCAUCUGAAGAAACUCUGGCUUUAACCAUCGGUCUCAUUUCAGCUCUUUUUCUACCAGUCUGUUUAUUUGAUGUAGAUGUGCUGUACAGAUUUAAAAGAAUUUUUUUUUUUAUUUAAUUUGGAUGUUUUAAAAUGAAGCAACGUUAUCCAUCAUCUCUCAAUAUUUACUAAUAUAAAGAUAUAUAUAUCCAAGUUAAGUACAUAUGUUUUAUGUAGUUAUUACAACAGAUUCACAUGCAUACACACUUUUGAUUUGGAGGUUCAAUUCUUCUUAGAUCUCUUAAAGUCGGUAUGAAGCGGAAGUUGCGAUAGUCUUUUCUUCCCUAUUGUGACGUAUAUCUGAGUGAAACAGCUUCUCAAACAGGAAAAAUGUAGGGUGGGACUUGAUUUUGUCCAUGGGGAAUUGAUUGGAUGGUUGUGGUUUGCUAUUGGUGGAUCUCAUGUGAGUGACAGGUUGCCCCGCCCUCACGCCAGCUGUCAGACAAGAGAAGAGGGAGGGGAUAAUGUUUUGAUUAAAGAUUAUGAGGGCACAUGAUUUUAAAAAAAUAAUAAUGAUGUGCAUGGAUAAAUCAUUUAUAAUAAAUACUGCAAUAUUUCAUCAAAAGUAAGAAUGGUCAAUUUUGAUUUCAUGGUGACGUCUAAGGUCUCCUGUUACGGCAGCUAAAAACAAAAUGGAUUGAAUUUCCUAAAUGAUCCUUCGAUUCGCCUCAAAGCUGUCUUAAAUGAAAUAAUUUCUGCUCCUUUGCUCUGACACCGAACACAACUGCAAAAAUUAUUUAACUGUUACUACAUUCACUUUGUGAUGCUGAAUGCAAAUUGAAAUGAUGAAUCAUUUUCUGCACUGUUUAUGAACAGUGUGUUGCCCUGCAUAAUGUAUAAUUAGAAUAAAAAGUGAUUUUAUUUUGUAAAUGUACAUACACAUCAUAUGACAGGUGAAUUGAUGUAAUUGUUUAAAAUAUAUUGUUUACUGUCUUAUUAAUGACUUAUUAAAUAGCUAUUGAUUUAAAAAAAAAAAUGAAUCUGAAUCAAUGAAUCGAUAAAUAAAAAUUCAUAUGAAGUAACUGAUUAUUGUCAUUUUGAUCUGUUGUAGUGGUGAGAAAUAUACUCUAUGAAAGUACUUAAAGGGUUAGUUCACCCAAAUAUGAAAUUUAUGUCAUUAAUUACUCAUCCUCAUGUCGUUCCACACCCAUAAGACCUUUGUUUGUCCUCAGAACACAAAUUAAGAUAUUUUUGAUGAAAUCUGAGGGUUUCUGAUCCACACAUAGGCAGCAACGACAUUGCACCUUUUGAGGUCCAGAAAGGUACUAAAGACAUUGUUAAAACCGUCGUCUGUCCCGUCAUACUGCUACGCAAUUUUCAUUGCAGAGCUUCAGUGUUUAUGUCCGAACGGUGGCUCAGUAUUGGCCGGCUCUGGUCACGUGAGCAGCACGACGCAUGCGUGAGCCCGCGUUCAGACAUAAACACUGAAGCUCUGCAACGAAAAUUGCAUAGCAUAUGACAGGACAGACGAAUUUGUUGAAUAAAGUCGUUAUUUUUGUUUUGUUUUUUUCACACAAAAAGUAUUCUCGUCAUUUCAUAAUAUUAAGGUUGAACCGCAGUCACGUCAAUGGUUUUAACAAUGUCUUUAGUAUCUUUUAGUACCUUUUUUCUCUUCCAAAUACUGUCAUGGAUGGAAAUUUACAAGCUACACAGAUAUCACAUUUGGUUUAAUGGCACAAACAUUUGAGAGUAACUCUAUCACUUCCUUGAGUACUGAGGUUGAUUUACACAGAAGUAGGUCAAAGUGAAGUAUAUACAAUGGGACAGUGCAUUUGCAACUUGUGCAUUUGCAUAUAUGUUUUUAUAAGAUCUGUUUGAGAUAUUAAACAUGGCUCUCAACCUUUUUGUCCCCCUAUUGUCCUUUAUAAUUAUUCAAAGGCCCACCAUAUCGAAUAUUUCUAGUAUUAUUGCUGUAAUGACAAUGCAUAAUAAUAAAACUUUUUUUGUUACAAGAAA